GGAGGCUGGGCUAAGGCUGAGCUGGGGCUAGGGCUGGGCUGAGGGGAGGCUGGGCCUAAGACUGGGCUGAGGCUGGGCCUAAGACUAAGCAGAGGCUGGGCAAAGGCUGGGCUGAGGGGAGGCAGGACCUAAGACUGGGCUGAGGCUAAUAGAUGUUAUAGACCUUUAUACAGGAGAGUCCUUUGAGCAAUGGAUGUCAGUGUUGUUUGUUACUACGGUUAGGUCUGCUUUGGUGUUGUUUGUUACUACGGUUAGGUCUGCUUUGGUGUUGUUUGUUACUACGGUUAGGUCUGCUUUGGUGUUGUUUGUUACUACGGUUAGGUCUGCUUUGGUGUUGUUUGUUACUACGGUUAGGUCUGCUUUGGUGUUGUUUGUUACUACGGUUAGGUCUGCUUUGGUGUUGUUUGUUACUACGGUUAGGUCUGCUUUGGUGUUGUUUGUUACUACGGUUAGGUCUGCUUUGGUGUUUGUUACUACGGUUAGGUCUGCUUUGGUGUUGUUUGUUACUACGGUUAGGUCUGCUUUGGUGUUGUUUGUUACUACGGUUAGGUCUGCUUUGGUGUUGUUUGUUACUACGGGUAGGUCUGCUUUGGUGUUGUUUGAUACUACGGUUAGGUCUGCUUUGGUGUUGUUUGUUACUACGGUUAGGUCUGCUUUGGUGUUGUUUGUUACUACGGUUAGGUCUGCUUUGGUGUUGUUUGUUACUACAGUUAGGUCUGCUUUGGUGUUGUUUGUUACUACGGUUAGGUCUGCUUUGGUGGUGUUUGUUACUACGGUUAGGUCUGCUUUGGUGUUGUUUGUUACUACGGUUAGGUCUGCUUUGGUGUUGUUUGUUACUACGGUUAGGUCUGCUUUGGUGUUGUUUGUUACUACGGUUAGGUCUGCUUUGGUGUUGUUUGUUACUACGGUUAGGUCUGCUUUGGUGUUGUUUGUUACUACGGUUAGGUCUGCUUUGGUGUUGUUUGUUACUACGGUUAGGUCUGCUUUGGUGUUGUUUGUUACUACGGUUAGGUCUGCUUUGGUGUUGUUUGUUACUACGGUUAGGUCUGCUUUGGUCUUGAUUGUUACUACGGUUAGGUCUGCUUUGGUGUUGUUUGUUACUACGGUUAGGUCUGCUUUGGUGUUGUUUGUUACUACGGUUAGGUCUGCUUUGGUGUUGUUUGUUACUACGGUUAGGUCUGCUUUGGUGUUGUUUCUUUGCUAACUUUCCUCCCACUCUCUCCCCCCCCCCCCCCCCCCCCCUUCUCCUC